CCACCCCCCGGUGUCCGCCCGUCCGGUGCUGACCCGGCCUGCCCGACGUCUCCCCUGCCUGCUUGGUCCCUCCUAGGCCGGCCACCAUGGGCAUCUUCCAAAUCCUGAUGAAGAAGAAAGAGCUCAUCCCGCUGGUCACCUUCGUCUCCCUCGCCGGGCUGGGAGCCACCUCCGUGUCCGUGUACUCGCUCUUCAAGACAGAUGUCAUCCUCAACAGGUCCAAAAAUCCAGAGCCGUGGGAGAACGUGGAUCCUACCCAGCCUCAAAAGUUGAUCUCGAUUAACCAGCAGUGGCAACCCAUCGAGGAGCUGCAGAAUGUGAAGAAGCUGACCAAGUGACCGAGCCACCGCCCCCCGUCCCCCUGGGAAUCCAGCGGAAUCACCUCUGCACAAACUCGUCUUCUGAACCAGUGUGCGGAGAUGCUUCCGCCGCAUUCUCAGGGUCUCCCCACGUCCGGGGUCUCCCGCCCCCACGGAGGAUCUGCCUAGCGGGCCGGCGACCGGACAGGCGGCAUCCCACCCUAACCCAGCGCCCCCGGUUUGACGUCCGCCGUCUUCUCCGGAAAGGUCAGCGGGGGCUCCCCUGCCUCGGCCUUCCUUGCCGGGAUCACAUAUACUGCUUUGUCGGGUAGACUGAAAAAAGUCUGGUGGUUUUUUUCCCAAAUAAAGGCGGAAAGUGUGCUUCUUCA